AUGUUGUCGACGCCCAGCCUAAGCACAGCAGCUGUCUGGCUAGCUGCGCUGGCUUUCCUAGUCCCACUGAUCCAGCACGCGUGGAACAAGUCGACCAAGGCAAGGAGACUACCCCCAGGACCAAAGGCGUUGCCUCUGAUCGGCAACCUGCAUCAUCUUCCCAAGCGCCGGCAGUUUGAGGAGUUCUACCGAUGGAGCAAGCAAUACGGGCCCAUCAUGUAUCUCGACAUGGCAGGACAGCCCUUCAUCGUCCUCUCCUCGCAACAGGCCGCACAGGACCUGCUCUCGCGCAGGAGCGCCCGAUACUCUGACCGGCCCAGGAGGGUCAUGUGCGGCGAGCUGGUGACGAAAGGCAUGCACAUGCUGCUGAGGCCGUACGACGCCGCCUACAAGCUCCACCAGCGCAUGGAAGCCCCGCUGCUGAGCGUCCGCGCAGCAAAGAGUUACACCCCGUUGCAGGACCUCGAGGCCAGACAACUGCUGUUCGAUGUGCUGAAGGAGUCGGACGCAGCCGGAGAGGAGGGCAUCGACGCCUCCCACCACCUCGAGCGCGCCAUGGCGAGCUUCAUUUACGGAUUGGCUUACGGGUAUCGCCUUGAGACGGGCCGUGAGGAGUCGUUCGAGGCUGCAAAGCGUGUCCAGGCCGAGUUUGCAAGGACUGGUGUCGUAGGCGCGUAUGUCGUCGAUACUUUACCUGUGCUGAACAAGCUCCCUGCCUUCCUCGCGCCCUGGAAGAAGGAGGCCGAGGAGCUCUACCUGUUGGAGGAGAACCUACAUGUCGAAAACAUGCGAAGAGGGUUGGAAAGUCUGGGCUGGAACUUCACGAAGCAUUACUUCAAUAACUGUCCCGAGGCAAGGGGGAUGCCCGAGGUUGAGGUCGCUUUUGACCUGGGUAUUCUGGCGGAUGCCGCCUUGGAUACCUCGACGGUUACGAUGGAAUGGUUCGUCGUUGCGUGGGUCACGAGUGGUGGGAAAUGGGUAGCCAAAGCUCAAGAGUUACUCGACAAUGUGGUCGGGAGAAGUCGGAUGCCACAGUUUGAGGAUCGUGAUAGACUGGCAUAUAUUGAAGCUACUGUUAAUGAGACAUUGCGCUGGCGACCGGUGGUUGUUGCUGGCGUUCCGCACGCCACCAAGACCGAGGACACAUAUAUGGGACACAAGAUCCCGGCCGGCUCGAUCGUGAUGGGGAAUCACUUCGCUAUCACCCGAGACGAGUCUGUGUUCGGCGACAGGCCGAACGACUUCAUCCCUGAGCGCUGGCUGGCCGAAGACGGCAGCCUGAAAGAUCUUCCCCUGACCGGCUUCGGCUUCGGCAGGAGGAUAUGCAGCGGCCGGAACAUUGCCCGCAACGGCCUGUUCAUCCACAUGGCAAAGCUGCUGUGGGCUUUCGACAUUGAAGUCGGGAUCUCGGAGGUGACUGGCGAGAAGGAAGUGGUUGACGACCUAGCUGGCUCGGAAGGCUUUGUCUUUAUCCCGACGCCGUUCAAAACGGUCUUCCGCCCUAGGGGCCCAUGGGCUCGCGACUUAAUCCAGCGGCAGGGUAGUACGCAUGAAGAUAACUAUGCGGAACUACUUGACCAGGCUGGAAAUGACAGGAUGCCAAAGCUGGACAAAGCCUAG